CUCAAGCAGGCUGCUUGUGAAGGAGUCAUGUUAUCUGAUCCUGUUGGGCACAGUCAAUACUGUUUUACACUGCUCGUAAGCUAUAUUGUCAACACUCUGGAGGCCAUGAUGCUGGCUACUGUUGGGGGAAAAACCUCCCCAGUCACUAUGGCCAUGUACAAACAGUUUGCAGACCCUUUCCACCACGAGCCUCGCACAAAAUCAACUACACUUGGCCAGCUGCGUGUUGCCCAAGUAAGGGCUGAUCCCAACAAUAUUGAAGCAUUCUUUCGUGAAGCUCAGAAGUUUUGUUUAAAUGGUAUAUCUGACCCAUUCUUUGUGGACUGGAUCCUUUCUGAACCAUCUCAUUUUCUCACUCCCAAAACUCUCCACCACAUUCAUUGGGAGUUCUAUGAUCACAAUGUGAAAUGGCUCAUUUGUGCAGUUGGGGACAUUGAGCUUGAUUUUCGCUUUUCUGUGUUACAGCCCAUCAUGAGGUUUCACCACUUUCAUGGGGGCAUUUCAAAGCUCAAACAGGUCACAGAGCAUGCUCAGUGUGAUAUCCAGUGCUCAAUCAUUGCAGUUAGUGCAGAUGUGGCACCUAGUGCUGUGAUCACUGCCAUCCAAGCUCUGAUGGACUUUCAUUAUCUCAUGCAGUCACCUUGGAUUGAUGACAAUGUUCUCAAAUGCAUUUCUGCAGUGCUCGAUGAAUUUCAUGCCAACAAAGAUGCAAUCAUAGCUGGUGGAUUUCAUUGCGGUCAGCGUAAUAGAGUCAUUGAUAACUGGUAUAUCUUGAAGAUCGAGCUUAUGCAGAGCAUAGUUCCAAGUAUUUGA